AUGAUAAUUCUUUGCUACAAAGUCGCAUCUGGAUUCUACUAUCUCAAAGCUCAAAUUUACAAGAGAUUAGCUCCUAAUGACCCUAGUCUCAACAGAUCUCACACUCCUAGAGUUGAAUUCCACUUUAUUUUGGCCUUUGCCAAUAAGGAGUAUAACGAAGAUGGGAAAAGCAACGGAAAUUUCAUAGAAACUUGGAAUGAGGUUUACUUCGGUCCAGAAAAAGUGAAAAAAUUGAAGGAAAAUUUUCCAAAUGUAAAGGUCAUAAUUAGCAUUGGAGGUCGUGGUGUUGAAACUCCAUUCGAUCCUGCUGAGGGAAGUAUAUCGACUAGAAAUGUUGUACAUUCACUCAAAGUGCUCAUCGGAAAAUAUAAAAGUGUUAGCGGUAACAUAAUUGAUGGCAUUGACAUCAAUUAUGAAACUAUCAAAACUAAUAAUGACCUAUUUGUUAAAGGCAUAGGGCAAGUUAUAAUCAAACUCAGGAAUGAUGAUAACCUAAAUAUUGAUGUGAUGUCUGUUGUGAAAAACAAUGUCAAGAACAAAAUAUAA